AUCCCCAGCCAGAGAGAGCGCAUCCGCAGCCACAUGAAGAUGGUGAUCGAGCAGCUGGAAGGCAUUCUCAUAGAGCUCAAAGAUGUCGCCAAAGAGCUGCGGGAGGUGGUGGGUCAGAUCGACAAGCUCACAGCGGACUUUGACUUCGACCCAGAGCCAGAUGAAUGGACAGUGGCAACGGCGAGCAGCACUUCGAGUAGUGAACGCGGCCUCACCGAAGCCUUCAGGCUCGACUUCCUCAGCCAUGAUGUGCUUUCCGAUGCCUGGGAUUUCUGCGGCUACCGCAAAACGGCUCGGGAAGAAGAUGAGUUGCUGGAAGAGGAAGAGCCAGGGAGCUCCGCCUCGGCCACCCCUACGCCCACUGUCAACACAUAUUCGCAGAUGAACGGUGGUCUACCAAUCCCCAACGGACCUUUGAUGGUCACUCCAGACUCUUCCAGCGAGGAGGCAUCGAGUUCCACGCACAGUCAGAAAACAUCACGCACCUCCGGGACGAGAGAGCGAGUUCGCUUCAGUGACAAGGUCCUCUAUCAUGCGCUUUGCUGCGAUGAUGACGAUGAAGAUGAACCAGAGGAGGAGGAAGGAGGAGAGGAUGAUGAUAAAGUGGACUGCGGGAUGCCAGACACAGACAGCGAGCCAAGCCCUUUGGCUUCUUCCCCUGUCCCUCCUCUUUCCUCCUCCAAAUGCUCAACCACUCUUCACAAAUGGCGGGAAACCUCUUCAGCGGGGCCAUCACCUGUGAAGAUGACCAUGCUCGGGCCACAUACUCUGCCUAGAAAGGGUCCAUUAAAACCAGGCAGCAGGAAAAAACUGCUGCGCAAUAGCAGCACUCAGACAGUAUCAGACAAAAGCACGCAAACAGUAUUGCCAUACAUCCCAGCGAAACAGAAAAGCAAGGAACCCUAAGGAGACCUUCAACAGAAAAGCAAACUGAACGAAUAUUAGAGUGACUGUAUAUUAUUUAAUAUCAAAUACAUAGAUACUAGAU